UUCUUCCUACUGUCUUCUUCCUAUCCGCCGAACGUGUGGCUGCCAUCCAACAAAACCCUAACCCCAAUUUUCUCCUCCUCUCGUUUUCUCUCCUUUAAAAUUCCAAAUCCCAGCUUUCUCCCCUUUCCAUUCCUCUCAAAUCUCCUCAGAAAUUUCCAGAUUCCCUGAAACGGGAAAAGCAAAAGCCUUUGAAUUUGCAUAUUCAAGAGCAUCAGAUCUCUACUGAUCUAGAUUCUUCUUGGAAUUCAGUAGUUUUCAGUGAAGGAUCGGAGAACGAAUUGAGAGGAUGUGCGUUUUUCUGCUUCUGCUGCAGUCAGAUCUCGAGUCCGUACUCUGAAUUUUGUAUUUGAAUCCUUGUUUUCGGUAAGUGUUUCCGAGAGCAUCAGAUCUCUGAUGGUCUAUUUCUUCUUGGAAUUCAGUAGUUUUUGGUGAAGGAUCGGAGAACGAAUUCAGAGGAUAUGCGUAUUUCUGCUUCGGCCACAGUCAGUACUCUGAAACUUGGUAUUUGAACCCCUGUUUUCGGUAAGUGAUCUUGGGAGUGAGGAUUUCUGUUUUCAAGUUAAAAAACAGUUGCUGGAAGCAUUCGAUCUGGAAAUUGCGGUUAGUUUUGUAAGAAUUUUGGAGUUCUACGUUUGGAUGAGAUUUCCUGCCCUUUUUGCUUUUGAAUUUCAGCCAUUGGAUGAGGUUUUCUUGCUACGUUUUGGCAAUCUGGUUGAUUGAUUGAUUGAUUUAGAUAUUGCUUGCCAAGUGAUAUGGAGAAAUUGUCCUACAGAGAUAAUGUUUUUUUGGGAUAUGUUUCCCGGAGAUCACUUGGGAACCUGAGCUCUUCUUCUAAGAUUCCAAACAGAAGUCCGGACAUUGAUUUUGAUGAUGUUUUUGGUGGGCCACCGAGGUGUUCGAUGACGGAGAUGCGACACAGCCUUGGCAAAUCUGCGAAUUCAUAUUUGUUAAGUGGUGGAGAAGAUACACCUUCGCCUAAUAGUCCAUGGUUGGCUCUGAGCGAGAAGCCUGUGUUCGGUGACGACAGCCCAAGCCGGAGGAAACAUCUGAGUGGUGAUUUCUUCGAUGACAUUUUCAAAGGUGAGGAAUCUUCAAGUUCCACGCCGAGGAAACCUGACAGCGAUAUUUUUUCUUCUGCUCCAGCUUCUCGGAUUUUAAGCCCGGCACGCCCUUUACCACCAAACCGCGAACCAUUCAUUGGAGCGUCAUCACUGCCUGCACACCUCAGCCUGUCCUCGAAACUGCCCAAAGGAAUAGACUUACCGACGUUCCGUACUCCUAGUUGUAGUCCAAUUAGAAGCAAGGAUGGUGGGUCAAAUGGAUUUGGAUUUCUGUCUUCACCAAGCAUUUGUGUGUCUAGACUCGCGACCCAAACAGUUGCCCAAACAAUCCUAGGAGAAGAUGACUCGAGAAAUGAUACUCGACCUUCUUAUCGCCAUAGCCGUUUAUCCCAUGAAUUUUCUCUCAAUGGUGAUGGGUCAUCAAAGGUCACUGAAUCUGCCAUACAAGACACAGAAGGCCAAUGUGUAGGGAAGAAGGAUCGUGUUAGUUCAGAAGCAUCUAAUGACAACAACCAGUUUCACUUCUCUAUAUACAAAUGGGCAAGCAAAGGAGUAACUCUAAUGAUGCCUGCUAAGGGAAGAAAUAGUUCAAAUACAAAAGAACGGGGUAAAACUGAGAGCAUAGUUAGUGGGUUACCUGCACCGGUUUUGCAAGGAGUCAAUUUACCUUCUCAGGGUGAAACAAUGUCAGCAGCAAGUAGUUCCUUCCGAUUCCAAUGUGAUAGCCAAGACAGUGUUUCAUCCAAGGAUAUCAAUAUACUGAGAAAAGAUAAUGUUGAUGAGGAAGCCAUGCCUUCAGAACCUGAAGCGAGUGCCAGUUAUACUCGUGACAGUUAUAUCUCUGAAAAAUCAGGAAGGGAAAAAAUCAUACAUUGUAGCGGUUCUGCUGGUCCACCUGUUGUAGGUUUCUGUAAGGGCGGUGUGAAAGAAGUUAACAAACCAGAAUUAAAGAGCCUUGGUUCCCUGUUAAAGUAUAGUUCUGAUGACCCAGGCAAGGAGGAGGUGGCUAAACGAGCCGGAGAGAAAGAUGGUUCGCCAAUACUAAAAAGUUCAUCAGCAGGAGCUGUCGAUGAUAGUGUAAAAGCAAAGAAACCAAUUGGAAGAAAAUCCAUCUUAAAUCAUGCCAAGACCAUUAGCCCCAACUUGCAUAAUGCACCUUUAAAUUCAGAAGACAAAAUGAUAGGCAACAGAGUCAAGGGAAAGGUCAAAGAAUUUGUCAAAAUUUUCAAUCAGGAAGCUUCUCCGAAGCUCGCAUCUCAUGUUGAUGCUCGAGGUCACAAUCCUAGGAGGAAAGAAUCAGGUGCACGUGGAGCAGAGGACCUGGUAUCUGUCUGUGCAACCAAGGAUAAAAUAAACAAUGAGAAUAGCAGUGGAACGUUUACGGAUACCCCUGUUACGGUAGGUCAAAUUCUGAAGAAAACAGUGGAAAAAUUCACACAUGCAAAUACCGAUGCCCACAAAGUUCAUGAUUCUUCUUCAGAAAGGAAUGACAUCCCAGACUCAUGCCCUGAAUCUACUACAGAAGGUUUUAAGGAUGCAAUUGACAAUAUAGAGGAAUCUGACUAUGAAGAUAUCCAUGUGAGCUGCCUGGUAGAACAAUUACCUGAGGAACAGAAAGAAAAGCCAAAACCUAUUCAACAUCAAGAAGAAAUUCAGAUUUCAGAUGCUAGGAUACGACAGUGGUCAAAUGGAAAGGAAGGAAAUAUCCGCUCACUGCUGUCCACUCUGCAAUAUGUUCUUUGGCCAGAUAGCGGAUGGAAACCAGUGCCCCUUGUUGAUGUAAUUGAAGGAACUUCAGUGAGGAGAGCAUAUCAAAAGGCUUUACUGUGCCUACAUCCAGACAAGCUUCAACAAAGGGGUGCUGCAAUGCACCAAAAGUACAUUGCAGAAAAAGUCUUUGACAUCUUGCAGGAGGCAUGGACGCAUUUCAACUCAGCUAGUUCAAUUUGAGAUCGGCAUGCUUAACAACCACUGCCUCCUCUGAAAGAACAAAAUGAUACAUCCAUCUCCAAUUAUAGGUAUGUGUACUUAUGUUGCACGUAUGUGUUGUUUUGAUUGUGUGUAUAUAUAUGAAUUAUGACGUGAUACCUCAGCGUUGCCUACAGCACUUCACAAAAUCUUCAUAUGUAAUUUGAUAGAUUAUAUGCCGGGUCGGUCCCAAGAAUAGUAAGCCGACCCGAAUUCCUGUAUUUAUUUGACUUCGAAAGUUUUCCGAAUAAAGUUAUACACAGCUGUAGGCGUUUUGUAACAAUAGAUGCCUCCAUGCUUACAGCAGUUA